AUGGAUCUUCAUAAGCAGAUCAGUCCACUAGGCAACUGUCAGCUGGCAGUGUUCUGUAGCUAUCACAGAAAAGGUCACCAGCUUCUUUCUGCAAAGCUCCACAAUCAAGGAAAGACCAGGUCUGAUAACAUUUCACACCGUGACAGAGCCUGUGAGAGAAGAGAGAGAAGAAUGGAGAAGUCCAGGAAAAAGUUUACUGAUAUCAUAGAUAAGGCAAUGGUUGCUGCUAACAAAAUGGAUCGUGACAAACUGCUUUUUUCUUACAAGGGGAUUCUCUACCCUGCUACUUUUUGCAGUCCUGAAGUAUUUAGAGCCAUGGAAUCCCUUGAAGCCAGAAGUGAUGAUAUCAUUUUGGCAGGAUACCCUAAAUCUGGAACAAACUGGGUAGGUCAAAUCUUAAAUGAUCUGGUAGCCAUAUUUGUAAAGAAAACACAGAAUAAAGAAAGCACCAUGAAUGAUGAAGAACUAGAAGAAUUCCCCUACCUCGAAAUUGGAGAUACUGGGAAAUAUGAGCGAAUGAACAAAUUACCUUCUCCAAGAGUUAUAUUCACUCAUCUCCUUCCUGAAAAUCUUCCCAGGUCUAUCUUCAAAAGUAAAGCCAAGAUAUUGUUGCUGAUUCGCAAUCCGAAAGAUGUAGCUACAUCUUUUUACCAUUUUUCCAAUGCCAUGUCUCCUCUUCCCUCCUAUGAGACCUGGGAUGAUUUCUUCAUAGCUUUUAUGACGAAGAAAAUGCCCUGGGGAUGCUACUUUGAAUACCUUUCUGAAUGGAACAAAUAUGCUGCUGAUGAAAAUGUUAUGACAAUAACUUAUGAAGAGCUGAAAGAGAAUCCGGUCCUGUGUGUGAAAAACAUAGCUGCUUUCUUUGGGAUUUCCCUGAUUGAGAAAGAGCUUCAAAGUGUGGUAGAGAGGAGCAGCUUCCAGUCAAUGAAGAAGAACUCGCAGAAGACCCAUGGGGCAUUUGGCAAUGUUCUCUUUCGCAAAGGUGGUGUAAGUGACUGGAAGAAUCUUUUCAGUGAAGAUCAGAAUGAGAAAAUGGACAAAGCAUUUGAAGAACAUAUAGGAGGAACUAAACUGGGAACAAAAUUAAAGUAUGAAGUGUACUGUAAAGUCUGA